UAAUCUGCUGGAUUCAAAAACGAUUCAAGGGGAGCUGGGCUGGAUCUCCUACCCGUCACAUGGGUGGGAAGAGAUCAGCGGUGUUGACGAGCAUUACACUCCGAUCAGGACUUACCAAGUGUGCAAUGUCAUGGAUCACAGCCAGAACAAUUGGCUGCGGACGAACUGGAUCCCGCGCAACUCGGCUCAGAAGAUCUACGUGGAGCUCAAGUUCACCCUGAGGGACUGCAACAGCAUCCCCCUGGUGCUGGGCACCUGCAAAGAGACCUUCAACCUUUAUUACAUGGAGUCUGACGACGACCACUCGGUCAAGUUCAAGGAGCACCAGUUUACAAAGAUCGACACCAUCGCGGCCGACGAGAGCUUCACGCAGAUGGACCUGGGCGACCGAAUCCUCAAGCUGAACACGGAGAUCCGUGAGGUGGGGCCCAUCAGCAGGAAGGGCUUCUACCUGGCUUUCCAGGACGUGGGCGCCUGCGUGGCCUUAGUGUCGGUGCGGGUCUACUUCAAGAAGUGCCCUUUCACCGUCAAGAACCUGGCCAUGUUCCCAGACACGGUGCCCAUGGACUCCCAGUCGCUGGUGGAGGUGAGGGGCUCCUGUGUCAACCACUCCAAGGAGGAGGAGCCCCCCAAGAUGUACUGCAGCACGGAGGGAGAGUGGCUGGUGCCCAUCGGGAAGUGCUUGUGCAACGCUGGCUACGAGGAGAGAGGCUUUGCCUGCCAAGCCUGUCGAGCUGGGUUCUACAAAGCCUCUGCUGGCAAUGUGAAGUGUGCCAAAUGCCCCCCUCACAGCUCCACCUACGAAGAUGCAUCUCUGAACUGCAGGUGUGAAAAGAAUUACUUUCGCUCUGAGAAAGACCCUCCAUCCAUGGCUUGCACCAGACCACCCUCCGCCCCGAGAAACGUCAUCUCCAACAUCAACGAGACCUCGGUGAUCCUGGACUGGAGCUGGCCCCUGGACACGGGGGGCAGGAAGGACGUCACCUUCAACAUCGUCUGCAAGAAGUGCUCGGGGGGCGGGCGGCUGUGCGAGCCCUGCAGCGACAACGUGCGCUUCCUGCCGCGCCAGAGCGGCCUCACCAACACCACCGUCACCGUGGUGGACCUGCUGGCACACACCAACUACACCUUCGAGAUCGACGCGCUCAACGGCGUCUCCGACCUGAGCGCCCUGUCCCGGCAGUUCGCUGCUGUCAGCAUCACCACCAACCAGGCUGCUCCAUCCCCCAUCACAGUCAUAAGGAAGGACAGGACAUCCAGGAACAGCGUGUCCCUCUCCUGGCAGGAGCCCGAGCAUCCCAACGGGAUCAUCUUGGACUACGAGGUCAAAUACUACGAAAAGCAGGAACAAGAGACAAGCUAUACAAUUCUGAGAGCCAGGGGCACCAACGUGACCAUCAGUGGCCUCAAGCCUGACACCACCUAUGUCUUCCAAAUCCGAGCCAGGACCGCAGCUGGAUACGGCACCAGCAGCCGCAAGUUUGAGUUUGAGACCAGCCCAGACUCCUUCUCCAUCUCCAGUGAGAACAGCCAGGUGGUGCUGAUUGCCAUUUCAGCAGCAGUGGCCAUCAUCCUCCUCACCGUGGUGGUGUAUGUCCUGAUUGGGAGAUUCUGUGGAUACAAAAAGUCUAAACAUGGCACUGAUGAGAAAAGGCUGCAUUUUGGGAAUGGCCACUUAAAACUCCCAGGUCUGAGAACUUAUGUAGAUCCACACACAUAUGAGGAUCCCAACCAAGCUGUACAUGAGUUUGCCAAGGAACUGGAUGCCUCCAAUAUAUCCAUUGAUAAAGUAGUUGGAGCAGGCGAAUUUGGAGAAGUGUGCAGUGGACGCCUGAAGCUGCCUUCUAAAAAGGAAAUUUCAGUGGCCAUCAAAACCCUGAAAGUUGGCUACACAGAGAAGCAGAGGAGGGACUUCCUGGGAGAAGCCAGCAUCAUGGGCCAGUUUGACCACCCCAACAUCAUCCGGCUGGAGGGAGUCGUCACUAAAAGUAAACCAGUUAUGAUUGUUACUGAAUAUAUGGAAAAUGGCUCCUUGGACAGCUUCCUACGAAAGCAUGAUGCCCAGUUCACAGUCAUCCAGCUGGUGGGCAUGCUUCGAGGGAUCGCAUCUGGCAUGAAGUACCUGUCGGAUAUGGGCUACGUCCAUCGGGAUUUGGCUGCUCGUAACAUCCUCAUCAACAGCAACCUGGUCUGCAAAGUCUCAGAUUUUGGUCUCUCUCGUGUGCUGGAGGAUGACCCAGAAGCUGCUUACACCACAAGGGGGGGCAAGAUUCCCAUCCGAUGGACGUCUCCAGAAGCCAUCGCCUAUCGGAAGUUCACCUCAGCCAGCGACGCCUGGAGCUAUGGGAUUGUCCUCUGGGAGGUGAUGUCUUAUGGGGAGAGACCCUACUGGGAGAUGUCCAACCAGGAUGUGAUUAAGGCUGUGGAUGAAGGGUACCGCUUGCCACCUCCCAUGGACUGCCCAGCUGCCUUGUAUCAGCUGAUGCUGGACUGCUGGCAGAAGGACAGAAACAACAGACCCAAGUUUGAGCAGAUUGUCAGCAUCCUGGAUAAGCUGAUCCGUAAUCCCAGCAGUCUGAAAAUAAUCACCAACGCGGCGGCAAGGUGA